AUGUUUUCCAUAAUCGUUACUGCAUGUAUUCUAAAUCCAGGUUAGUGAUUCCUCCUAUCUUUAUUAUUGCGACCUGCAUCCAAAAUUCUAGACAGCAUCGAGUGUCCAGCAAUCAUAGAUGAGCUGUCUCCGCUCAACGCCCAACAUCUUCUGUCAAAAUCCGUCGGAGAAGUCCGCAGAUUCUUCUGGAUACGGAAGACCCCCUGCAAUUCUACAAUAAGGGCCAUUGACUUCGGAGAGGAUGGUGUUUGCACUAAUUACGAUGAUGCCAACGCCAUACCUGGGUUAAUAAAUUGCGAGCUGAAUGUGACUUUCAUCGUCGGUUCGUUUUCAUGCGAGGUAAGUUUUGUCAGUUUGAAAGAAAACGCGUGAAAUAAAUGCCUGUAGAUACACACAUACACACAGAGUCGUAAAGCAUCUGCGGGACUAGUUAUUUCGAAAUCUGGCAAAAUGUUCUGGUAAUCCAGAUGAAAUAACUUGGUUGGAAUUUUUGUGGAAGGAGUUGAAAAAAUAUCGCAAGUAUCUCGGAGAAUAUAUUUUUAAAUUUUCUACUUUACUGUUUAUAUAGCUGUUUAUAAUUUGCAGAUACAGAACUAUAAAGAAAUUCAUCUAAGGAUUUGAUCCGGCCGCGCCUCGGCCUCAUGUUCAGCGACCACUUAGUAGCCUUUGUGCAUUUGUGAUGCUAAAUGCUCAUUCAAAUUACAGUCAGAUAUUAAAAACAGUUGUAUAUACGACGUGCAAAGCGAUCAACCGAGGGAAAAUCCUAUGACGUCCCUGUAAUUUAUUAUUAUCAAUCCGUGUGUCUAUUAUUUGGAUGGUAUGAUUCAGCAUUGUAAAAAUGGAAGUUAUUCACUUCCUCUGUUCAAUAGGAGGGCAUUUUCGCCGCUAUAAACGGUGGCUCCGUUGGAUACAACAUGCAAGCCAUUACAACACUUCGACGUCACGCCAACGACACUUUGUCCCUCCAACGGGUGAAAAUCGGCCGAAAGAAACAAAUUCAGACGGAGACACAUGUUCCACCCGCAAAAGCUGCGGAUGUCUUUGAAGUGGACAGGGCGCUUACGUAUAUGCUUUCAUUGCGUGAUUUUCGGUACUGUAUGCUUAUGAGAUGUAAGCCCUUGCAUAAAUCGUACGUAUACAUGGUCUUAGCUAAUGACGCCGUGGGAGAUAAGUAGAAAUUAAAGCUUUGAUUGUGAUUCAGUUAGAUUUCGUUUGGACUUAAGCAAAAAUAUAAAUUACCGUGGAACCAGCUUAAGGCCUUAAUUUUUAAUGUUCAUUCCCGUCAAAGGUAGCCCAAAUAGGAACUACUGCUAGUAUUUUCAUAAAAUGACCUGCCGUUUAUUGACAAAAUCACUAGUAUAGGUACUCCAUUCCGGGCGUGAAUAUUUACACCGUUUACUUUUUUACAAUACACAAAUGACGACAGUAUGAAUAAUCUUACAGGUCACAUAAAUAUCUCUCACUGAGUUUUAUGGGUCUGUCACAUAUUUCGCAUAUUUUAAAUAAUUUAAUUUGCGCGACUGGGAUAAAAUCGGCGACCUCGUUGGAAUUUGAAUCCAGCUCCACCUGAUGAAAUCAAUGCUGUUGGGGUUGAGACUAAUGAUUAGGGUUAGGGGUAGAUGUUAGGCUUACGUUUUAGGGCAACUAUUUCUCAAGCAAUCAAACUACAACCGUGCAUCCCCAAUAGCUUUUCUUUUGCAUACAAGUACGUGACCUCGUCGCCUGUGCGUUCCCCGCCCCACCUCUAAAAAGCCCCUUUACCACCGGUACCGUAUUAAAGGCGGCCGGGGUUUGUUUACUUCAGGUGAGGCUACAUAACCACAUCUGACCUUUAUUUGUACGAAAAUAUCAGCACAAAAAAUGUAUUCUAAAACUUUAUUCUGACAGCAGGACAAGGAAACAGGACAGGAGUGUAGACAUCUCCACAGCCAUCGUCGCAAAAUAGUUUUUAAAGUACCCAAAUCAUUCUUCAUGAUGUCUACGUAUUUUAAUCUUACUUUGCUUCUUGUGAUUUCAGUUGAAAACAUUGUGGAAUUUGUCGACUCAGAAUUUCGAUUGUGA